AUGAAGUCCUUCUCUGUCUUGACUUUGCUUGUUCUCACCGGUUGUGCCCUGGCCCUACCCACUCCCGAUCAAUCCGGAGUUGACGUGGCCGACGAGGCCGUGAAGACCGGCGACUACAAACGAUCCGGCAAUAUCAAAGCCCGUUGUGGUCUGGCCCUUUCCCCCGAUCAAGCCGGAGAGGACGGGGCCGACGAUGCUGCGAAGAUCGAAGCACGUUGUGCCAUUCCCUGGACUCAGAACUACGGCGAAUAUGAUGACGUCGAGAAGCGCGACGACAGCGAGAACUAG